AUGAGUCCAGAGUACGACACCACAUGGAGGCCCCCGACCUUUGCAGUGCUCAAGAGAUCGUACGAUAUGGCAAUUGCGGAAGAAGUCGAGGCUACCAACAAGCGCCGCAAGAUCGAGGCGCACAAACACUGUCAAGAUGACAGUCAAUAUCGUGCUGAAGACGAUCCCAUGGUCGGUCCAGAUGUGGUCAUCAUCAAAAAGUCCAGCCGUAUCGUGGCCCAUGUGCCUCUCGUAAACCUCAAGACAUUCGCCCCACACAUCUAUUCAGAGAUAAUGAUUGACGCCGUCUACGAAGGUCAUCAGGUCCCCUUGUUCACACCCAGAGCGUACACCUCAGCCACAGGCCUGAGACGUUGGGCACUCUGGCUAGAAACCCACCAUAUCGGUCAUGCCAUGGGAGGACCUUCCGCCCCAUUCGCUACAAUCCUCGACACAUUCGGAACCGCCAAUUCUCUGGGCCACGAAGACUUCAAAGAUGCCAUCAUGGAUUACCUCAUGGUACGCAUAUUCCACGGCUCCCAAGGAUCAGACUGGGUCGAUCACGCCUCUGCCGGCUGUGUGAGCGAAAACCUACGCCAACUUGGAAAAUGCUUGGGCAAUGCCACUUCCAACUGCAUGCUUGAGAAGCUGGUCAAAACUCUGGUCCUGCACUAUGAUACUGAAGGAGCAUUGGACCAAGAUAUCUAUCCUAGGUUUGUCAAGAAUGCGGUCACGGCUUAUGUUCUUGAUCAGUGGCGCUACAAGGAUGGUUUCGGGGUUCCGGCAAAGGUGUCGACGGAGACGCCGACGGAGGAGUGGUGUGAGCGGUUUCAUCUACAUGGGCGCAGGGGCUUGCCUUGUUGGUACAGCAGAGUUUUGCCUGGCGAUGAGGAGUGA